UUCCAAGUCUCGUUGUGCUUGACAUAGAAGAGUGUGUAUUAAAGCACAGAUUACAUGGUUACUCCAUUCACUUUUUUCAUGAAUUUCUGCAGUAUGUUUCUAGACUUUAAAAUGCGAAAUUAUUAAUAUAUCCUGUAGACACACCUAUAGAAGUAUUGACUCCUAUAGAACAAUUGUAUUUGAAAAAGUACAAAGUUGGUUAUCUAAAAACCUUAUGAAUAAGCUGUUGACUAAACAGUUUAAACCAUACUUUUCUCCCAUUUUUAGAGCAAUUCAUCCCGGUACGUUAUGCAAAUCUUAUCACAAAAUAAUCAUGAAGAAAAGUAUCAACAGAAAUUUAACUCAAAACAUUUCAAAAUAAAGAAAGCUGACGGCGUUGGCAGUAUGAAAAAACGUAAAAGAAAUCAAGCUAAACAAAUAUUAUCGGGAAGCAAAACAAAGACCAAAUCAACACCAACACAUCACGCGCAAUCUGAGAAACAAAUUCUUCGGAACGAACGAGAGCGUCAAAGAAAAGCAAGACUAAAUUUCGCAUUUAAAAUCUUGAAACAAACAGUAAACAACAUCUCCCAUAAAAGGACAAAACACCUUACGCAACUGGAAAUAUUAAAACUGGCGACCGUUUAUAUAUCAAACUUAGCAGACGUACUAGAAAAAGAACAGCUGGGAGCGCUGUGAUAACAAGAAUAUGGUUCGUAAGCUAAGAGGAUAAUAAUGUAUCUCAAGAUGUUGUCUUCCCUAUUAUAACAGCGGUAUUUCGCGUGUUCAAAAUGGCAACCCAAUCGAUAUUUUGUGCUACAGGAUGCGCAAAAUAGCGAAAUGUCAGGGCACAUGCUGCAAUUUUAAAAGUGAGGAGGUCAAUAUUAUUGAUUUCGGGAAGGACGCAUUAAGGUUUGGUCCGACCGGAAAAAACCGCAUUGCUAGAGGUGAAGAUAUGCAUCAAUUACAAUAUUUCAAUAGGCAAUGUUGUGUUAUUUAUAUAUUGAAAUUUGAAAUUAAAAAACACUGCAAAUGUCCCCUCUCCCCCCCCCCCUCUUAGUAGCGUUUGCCCUUUAUGUACAGCGUACGAUGAUGUAUUGGCCGAAACAGCACAAAGGGCGAACAUAUGUUUUUUAUGGGCUAGUUUCUAGUGACUGGUAUUCAAAGAAACCCUUAAGAGCAAGAUACCGAUCGCUGUUGCCGAAACAUAUGGUUGUGAUCUGCGCAAAUGUUGUUGCGAGAAAAUCUCUAGUAGACGUCAUUCCUUCUGUGAUAGAGGGCGUUGUAUAGUUAUGAAAAUUGUUUCGUGUAUUUUAAAUUUUGCGAAAAAAUGUUCUAGGAUACUCAUAUAUUAUAUAGUUUUGUUUUUUCGUUUGUUUUUUCGUUUGCUUUGUUUGUUUUUGUUUGUUUUUUAUGCUUUUUUAUGUUUUUAUGUAUGUAUUGUUGUUUGUUUGUUAAUCUGUUUAUUGGCUUGUUUGUUUCGGAAGGUUGUUUCCCGUUGCAGUUUGUAUUCUUUCUUCAAGAUCUUUUUAUCCUUGUCUUUUUUCAUAUCAGAAAUCUGUUUUGCUAAGAAGGAAAAAAUAAUGUUUUAUUAUCAAAAUAUAAAUGAGUGUACAA